CAGAAGUAUUCAUCACAAUCGCUGUAUCGUGGAUUAAUGGCGCCGAAGGCAGAGAAGAAACCGGCGGAGAAAGCACCAGCACCAAAGGCGGAGAAGAAGAUCGCGAAAGAAGGAGGAACGAGCGAGAUUGUCAAGAAGAAGAAGAAGACGAAGAAGAGCACAGAGACGUACAAGAUCUACAUUUUCAAGGUAUUGAAACAGGUUCAUCCAGAUAUUGGAAUCUCUGGUAAAGCGAUGGGAAUCAUGAACAGUUUCAUCAACGACAUUUUCGAGAAACUCGCUCAGGAAUCGUCUCGUCUCGCUCGUUACAAUAAGAAACCGACGAUCACGUCUCGUGAAAUCCAAACCGCCGUGAGACUUGUUCUGCCUGGUGAAUUGGCUAAGCAUGCCGUCUCUGAAGGAACCAAAGCUGUCACCAAAUUCACAAGCUCUUAAGAUUACAUCAGUUUUGUUUUUCCAUCGGAAUUAUAGAUCAUUGUUCUGUCUUUUGAUCAAAUCUUCGAUCUCAUAUGAUGAUAGUCG